UUGAACCAAAACCACAAUGAGCUAUUGACAGUGAGCAGUGCGUCACCUUUGAAACAAAAUGAACAAGAAGUGGAUCAGAAAAAGAUAAACAUUGAAUCGGACACCAAUAAUGAAGUCACGGAGAAAUAUGGUGACACUGAAGUGGAUAUCGUUAUAGAGGAAAGUAUUAACGGUGUACCUAACGACUUUGCAGCACUGGGUGAAGAAGCUUCUCUUAUUAUUGAGGGAGAGGGAGAGGCACAAGAACCUCAGUCAAUAUUUGAUUCUUUCAGUGAUGUAAAUGAAAUGUUAAACAAAGAUCCUGAAGAAAUUAUGGAAACAGCAGCAGGUUUCGUUCCAAUUCCUAUUAUGAGAAAUAGACAUAAACCGAGACGGCGCUUUGCCACAAGGAGAAAUUUUAGAAGGAAUCCAUAUCCAUUCAGAAGAUUUUACUUUUAUUACCCCUAUCCAUUUUACCACUACGGCUCUCUAAGGUUUUAUUGA